CCUCCCCUCUUGGUCAACUCCCUAACCAGAGAUCUCGGAACGGGAACGAGGAGUAGAAAUUCUGCUGGAGGAAGGGGGCAAAUAAUUGGCGAUUCUGUGCGUUUGUUAAUUGUGUGAUCUUGUUGAGUUCCUUUCCGUGAAAAUGGUUCAAACAGUGAAACUUGGCUUGGCCAGGAACGACCGCCAACCUUGGGGUUUCCGACUCCAUGGAGGGGCUGAAUAUGGCUCCCCAUUGGUGAUUCAGAAAGUGAAUGACAAGUCCAUCAGUGAACACGCCGGUCUAAAAGCAGGUGAUGUGGUGAUUGCCGUGAAUGGCAACGACGUCACGCACUGCCGCCACAAGGAAGCCCAAGAUAUGAUCUUGAGAUGUGGAAACAACUUCACCCUCUCCGUUCAAAGAGGAGGGUUGUUUCAAGAAGCCAUCAAGACCCAAUUGGCCGCUUCCCACCAUUCUACUCGGGUGCCAUCGCCACAGCCACCCCUAAUGUCUCAAACCGAUCAUGGCCAAGCCCCGAUGCCAACUCAAAGUGGUGGAGCAGGAGGUGGGUUCACCACGGUACCCCAUGCUCAGCCUAAAAUGGCAUCAUACAACAGCCCUCAUAAGCUUUAUUCCGAAGAAACGAUGAAGGAGAUGGCCAACAGCAAUCCGGAUAACUUGAGCCAAGGCAUGAAAAGUAUGGGGUUCAAUAAGAAGGCUGAAAAGUCUUUACAAGAUGUCACAGCCAAUUCCCAAGUUCUUCGGGCACUCCAGGAGGAAGAAGCCGGCCAUGGACCUUCCUUUGGAGUGGCCGGCAUGAGCGAACUCCAAGAAGAUCGGCAACGCCAUCCCAAUUUUCCCUAUUUUGACCCUUCUUCACACCCCUUGAAACCCCUCAACCAGACUUCUCAUUCUCAUGGUCACCAGAGCGCAAGCUUCAGGUUGUUGCAACGUGCUCUAGAGACUGACACGAACAAUAAUUGUGAUCAUGAACCAGACCAAACCUUUCAGCCUCAACAUGCACCUCGACCAGAUGAAGCCCCGGCAUCGGUGUUUCGGUCGGGAGGGAUGAAUCGGGCACCUCAUGAACAACCUCGGGCUCCAUGGCAAAGACCUCUUCAAUCACCUGCGCCCACGCAAGCCUUUCACCAACAACAGCCGGCAAGUGCUUGGAACACGUCUCUUAACGCCAACAAAGCCGGAGCAGCGUCAAACGCUGAGGAUUUUACCAAGCAGUUCAUGACGGAUCUUCAUCAGCCGUCUCAGACCGAACCAGAGAGGGCCUUUGAAUCGCCUAUUCCACGGCCAUCAUCGGGAAUGAGAUCCACACCAACCGUUAGCUUUAGAACACAAUCUCCUUUGAGGACUCAAUCACCCGCCCAGCACCAAAUAAAAACACAAUCUCCCAUGAGGCAACAAUCUCCGGCGCAACAACUGCGAACCCAAUCGCCGGCUUUCAAGCAAAUUCACCAGCAGCAGCAGCAACAUCAAGAUCAAGUGGACAAUCAGGCACAGGGUGAGAAUUGGAACAACACCUUGAAUGACAACAAGGCAGGAAUGGCCUCUAACGCUCAGGAUUUCACCAAACAAUUCAUGUCGGAUAUGUUUGGGGGAGGUAUGGGCGGUCCACCAGCUCCGGCCCCUCAACCCGUUGCGCCUACGCCGGCGGGUCAGGUACAAUGGCCUCCCACGAAUCAACAACCACGAGAGAACACCCCCAGCCAUCCUCCUUUUGAAGCGCCAUCCACAUCUAUCUUGAAGAACGGUUCCGGGCACAACCUUGCAAUGAGUUCCUCUUCCUCCUCGAUGCACCAGUCAUCACAAUCAACAUCAGUGCAGGAGCAGCAAUCAGCCCCUUCAAUGCCAGGAGUGAAGUUCCAAACCUCGCAACCCCAGCCUCAAGGCCCGGGGUCGUUGCCACGGAUGCCGGGAAUGCCCCUAAAAUCCUUGACGGGUAAGGUCUCCAACCCACAGGCAACUUUGGCAGCCAAUUUACCAAAAAUGAGCAUCCCUGCUGCCCAGGCGCCCGUGCCCGCGCCCGCGUCCAGUGAGCCUGCCCCACCUGUAGGCCCUGGUCAGAGCCUGGUCGCUCCUCGCCGAGGUCGAGGCGAACUCAGGCAGCCCACCGCUGGCCGAGUGCCACUUUGUGGUAGCUGUGGGCAACAGAUCAGAGGUCCAUUCAUCACGGCCUUGGGCAAAACUUGGUGUCCAAACCACUUUUCUUGUGCGCAAGCAUCUUGUGGCAAGUCUCUCCAAGAUUGCGGAUUUGUGGAAGAACAAGGACAUUUGGUUUGCGAGGCUUGCUAUGGCCAAUACUACGCCCCGGAGUGUGAAAAAUGUCGCAAGAAAAUUCUUGGUAACACGCUGAAGGCCAUGAACAAAACAUUUUGUCCCGAAUGUUUUGUUUGUGCGUAUUGUGGCAAAAUAUUUGCGAACUCUCCGUUCUAUCUGGAGGACGGUUUGCCUUACUGCGAAUAUGAUUGGAAUGAGCUGUUCACAACAAAGUGUGUCUCGUGUGGAUUUCCCAUUGAGGCCGGUGACCGUUGGGUAGAAGCCCUGAACAACAACUAUCACAGUCAAUGUUUCAAUUGCACAUUGUGCAAAAAGAAUUUGGAAGGCGUGGGCUUCUUCGUCAAAUCUGGCCGGGCCUUCUGCAAGAGCCAUGCUCGUGGUUAAACAUCGUCAUCAUCACCAAUGAACAAGUCCUACUUAUUUACUGCAUUGUACAUAGUCAGCUCCUGCUCUCCCUCUGCAAAUCUCGAUAUCUCCGGACAAAGACAGUGGACAAUAAUUUUGGAACAGCCUUCUGCACACCCUUGAAAGACAUGUUAUGUAUGAUGCUCUAGUACUAAUCCCCAGGACAAGAUCGACAAUAUUCCCCAUUGCCCUAGCUUGUCCUACCUGUACAUGACAACAUUAACCACAACCAUGAAAGCUUGCUCCCGACAAUGCUUUGGCAUGAAAUAAAGAAUUAUAAACUUGA